AUGGCUCUUAAAGUGAAUAACAGUUUGGCAUUAACAAUGCUUCUUCUUGUGGGAAUUUUAAGUACGAAAGUCAUGUCACGAUCGCUACAUGAAGUGUCCAUGGUGGAGAAACAUGAGCAGUGGAUGGCAGUCCAUGGACAUGUUUACAAAGAUGCAGCUGAAAAGGAAAUGCGCUUCGAGAUAUUCAAGUCUAACGUUGAGCGCAUAGAGGCAUUCAAUAGUGAGGGGGGCAAGUCUUACAGGCUUGGUGUUAACGCAUUUACUGACCUGACUAGUGAGGAAUUCCGGGCGUCACGCAAUGGGUUCAAGGUUUCAUCUCAUCCUAGAGCCACAGGUUUUAGGUAUGAAAAUUUAACCGCAGUUCCCUCUUCAAUGGAUUGGAGGCAAAAAGGGGUUGUCACACCAGUGAAGGAUCAAGGCCAAUGCGGAUGCUGCUGGGCUUUUUCAGCAGUAGCAGCCACUGAAGGAAUCAACCAGUUGUCUACUGGCAACUUAAUAUCGUUAUCUGAACAAGAACUAGUUGAAUGUGAUACAAGUGGUGAAGAUGAAGGCUGUAACGGUGGUCUUAUGGAUGAAGCAUUCAAAUUUAUCAUACAAAACAAGGGCCUAACCACUGAGACAAAUUACCCAUAUGAAGGAAUUGACGGGACUUGUAGCACAACAAAAGAAUCAUCCCAUGCUGCCACGAUCACUGGAUAUGAAGAUGUACCUACCAACAGCGAGGCAGCAUUGCUGAAGGCUAUGGCAAUGCAACCAGUUUCUGUAGCCAUUGAUGCAAGUGGAUCAGAUUUCCAAUCAUACAAAAGCAGUGUUUUCACGGGAGAAUGUGGCACUCAACUAGACCAUGGUGUUACGGUAGUUGGAUAUGGGACAACUGAUGAUGGAACCAAGUAUUGGCUUGUGAAGAAUUCAUGGGGUACAACUUGGGGAGAGGAAGGUUAUAUUCGAAUGCAAAGAGAUGUUGCCUCUGAAAAUGGACUCUGUGGCAUUGCAAUGAUGGCCUCAUACCCAACUGCUUAA